CGAUAAUGUCAUGACGACCUCCAUGACGACAGUGUUUACACCAAUCCGACAUUGCACAAAACUGCCUAGACGAAAAAAAAAAUCAGAAUGUCAAUGUUUGUUUGCGCACUGAGAGCAGCACUCCGUAACUAUUGUGUAAAUAGAAUUUAUCCAAACGACGUCGACGACGACGACGACGUUAUCGGACUCGAAAGUUUAGAUGAGGGCGGCGUUAUGAAGAUAGGCCGUCUAACCUACACGUAUGGCUGUACAUCACAAGCUUUCUUACCCGGACGUUACUCGGGAGCGCAGUGCACCACCAUGGCUCUUGCUUCAGUAAUACUGAACGAGUCAACUUCGAGAUUCACGCCGACGUCUGUCAAUAAAAUUCUACUUGAAGGAAACCGUCUUCAUGCUAAGCUUAGAGAUGAUCUUAAACUAAGCCACGAGAAAGACAGAAGGAUAGCUAUAGAAGAUAUCCCCUACAAAUACUUUAUUUACCUUGGCGAGGUAUUUGAGACCCUAACCACCAUCAGACUACUAGAGCAAAGCCAGUAUGUUUUCACCACGAAGAAAGAAGGCUUCGAGGAGUUUUCCACGAUCAAGGAAUACUUGAGGCGAUGGCAACGGAGCAAAUCUACAAGAACAGGCUUUCUCAUAACCUUGGGGGAUUUCUCAUAUUCAGUCAUUCUAAAAAUGAACGGCCGCGUUGCUCUGUUCGACUCCCACGGCCACUUGACCCUGAACGGAGAGCUAAUAGAACAGAAAGCUGGAGUGUUACAAUUCCCAUCCCUGGAGUACCUGGAGCAGUUUCUGGUAGGCAUGUAUGGGUUCGAGACCCCCGCUGUAAUAGCACCAGUAUAUGUAUAUCUCAUUAAGCUGACCAGACGAGAGAAGCCGGCCAGAAAUGUGAAGCAGCCCGAACCUAAACCAUACCAGCCAUAUUUCCCGACCGAGUCAGACGAAAAAGUAUUCAGUUCACACACUAAAAAGGACGAUGAAAUUACCGACGACUGUUCGCCAUAUAUUGGCAUGAUGGGUGGAAUGUUUUGAACGUUUCACAGACCGUCGAUGAUGCAGUCCGUGGCCGGGCAUGACAAGGAGAAUAAGUGGCCACGUGAUACCGUUUGGGUAGGACAGAGACAUGCCCAUUUGCUGUCCAGCUGGUCGAAGUACAAUGAUGCUGCUCUGCGGCGCCAUAGGUUCGAGAUCAAAAAAGAAGUUUAAGACCUGAGUGUAUAUAGUGCUUUGAAAGAAGCACAAAUGGCGCCAGAUGGAUAAGACGAAUACUUGUAAACGCAGAAUUUCUCAGACUGUGACGUCUGAUUAAUAUCGUCUGCUGUUCAGGGGAGCUGGACUCGGGAAUACACACGCUGGGAGCUAUGAUCCUACAGCGACUGUAGCAUGGACUGACACCGGGAAGACGUCUACAUGUUCUCGACUCACAUUGCUAAAAUCUUUUUUAUUUUGUGAAUAUGGUAAAAAUAAACAGUAAUUUUUUUGCAAAAAAUCUGCGACACAUUACCCGAUUUUGACGUCAUGCAACUGGACAUUAUAUUGGAGGUCAUACAUGACAUCAGAUGCCAGUAGCACACAAACAUAAUGUACCUAGUCUGAACUUUAAAUUUAUCUGGGUUCGACUUUUUACGUGUUUGUAUAUAUACAUUUUGAAAUCGGAAAUUAAAUUUGCUGUUGAAAAUCACAGAACAGGAGCUGGACUCGGGAAUACACACUCUUGAAGCUAUGAUCCUACAGCGACUGUAGCAUGGACUGACACCGGGAAGACGUCUACAUGUUCUCGACUCACAUUGCUAAAAUCUUUUUUAUUUUGUGAAUAUGGUAAAAAUAAACAGUAAUUUUUUUGCAAAAAAUCUGCGACACAUUACCCGAUUUUGACGUCAUGCAACUGGACAUUAUAUUGGAGGUCAUAAACCGACAUCAGAUACCAGUAGCACACAAACACAUAAUGUACCUAGUCUGAACUUUAAAUUUAUCUGGGUUCGACUUUUUACGUGCUUGUAUAUAUACAUUUUGAAAUCGGAAAUUAAAUUUGCUGUUGAAAAUCACAGAACA